CCCUCUCGCUCCUAAUCCCUUCGUUCGCGUUCGCGCCACUGUAAACCGCUAGCUACCAAACCCUCUUCCGUUCCCUAUCCAUCGCCCGGAGGGAGCAGCCCAUGGCAGGACUUCUCCGCUCUGUUCCACCGUCGGCCUUCCGGCUUCCUUCGCCGCCCGGGGGCAAAUCCAUCAGACGGCGGACCGGGGUCUCCGCGGAGAUCCGGGAAACCGUGGAAAUUGAGGGUGAGCGCUCGCCGUCCCCCAAGAUUUCCCCUCCGCCCGGAUUCAAGCCGCCGGAGCCUAAGCGGUUCUCUGUGCGUCCGGAUAAGUUUCUUGACAUCCUCGGGGCGUCUCUUGCCCUUCCCUUCCGCCUCGGCACUGGAGUUUUUGUUCUAGGAUAUUCUGUAUCCUUGGUUUCUGAAGACAAAAUCCCACCAGGCGAGUAUGCUCUGAAAAUUGCAGGUUUGACAUUCAAAGAGACAUCAAACUUGGGUGCCCAGGCUCGUCCAGAGAAGCCUAUUGAGAUUUAUGAAUUUGAAGGCUGUCCAUUCUGCCGGAAGGUAAGGGAAAUUGUCAGCAUACUGGAUCUUGAUAUUUUGUACUAUCCUUGUCCAAGGAAUGGUCCAAACUUCCGUCCCAAAGUUUUGCAGAUGGGUGGCAAGCAGCAAUUCCCCUAUAUGGUGGAUCCAAACACAGGUGUCGCUAUGUAUGAAUCAGAUGACAUAAUAAAGUACCUGGUUCAGAAAUAUGGUGAUGGAACCACUCCUUUGAUGUUGUCACUUGGUUUAUUAACUACUUUAACUGAAGGAUUUGCAAUGAUUGGUCGCAUGGGGAAGGGUUCUUCUUAUUCUCCUUCGAAAACCCCACCUAUGCCCCUCGAAAUAUGGGCAUAUGAGGGUUCCCCCUUCUGUAAAAUUGUGCGUGAGGUUCUAGUUGAGUUAGAAUUACCCCACAUAUUCCGCAGCACCGCGCGGGGUAGCCCAAAGAGGCAGGAGUUGUACAAGAGAGUUGGACGCUUUCAGGUGCCUUAUUUGGAGGAUCCUAAUACUGGAGUGAAGAUGUUCGAAAGUGCAGAAAUUAUAGAUUACCUCCGAACAACCUACGCCCUGUAAGAUUCUAUGGGUUCUUGGUUAUAUGGUGUCCCUUAUUCCUGUUUCAUGUUGUUAGUUUGAAUCUUACAUGAAUGCUGUUCUCUUAUGCUAUCAAGCUUCCUCCUUUCAUGUAUUAUAAUAAAAACACAAGCAGCAGAGUAAUGGCUGAUUGAAUAUUUGUAUAUUCCUGGAACAAGAAUAUUUUGUAUAUUCCAGCUUGAA